CUAAUAAUUAUCGAUUCUGGAACAAAAAAAACCCUAACUCUUAUCAAUUCUCUGAAUUUUCUCAUCUCACAUCCCUUUUUCUUCUCUUUUAUGAAAGUUGUUUUCCUUCAUUUGUUCAUCGUGAAACGUAGAUAACUCGUUCUUGUCGAUUUUUUGAAAUUUCUAUUGCACCAAAAAUGUCUUCCUUGUCUGAAUCGUCGCGUGUUAUGGAAAAUACGAUUGAAGAGUCCUUCAAUUACCCUUCUAAUAAGGUUAGGGGCAACUGUAAACAUGGAAGAUUGUACCUAUUCACUUCGUGGACUAAAUUAAAUCCUGGGAGAAGAUUUUUGAGAUGUUGCAAAUAUAAGACAGUAGAUCAUUGUGGUGCAUUUCAAUGGUACGAUGAAGAAGUUUCGACAGAGUUCGUAUUCAAGUUUGGCGUGUUGUUGGACAAAAUCAAAGUGAUGACUGAUCAAGUGGAUAAACAGGAGGUUCUAAUUGCAGAAAAGAAUAGGCAAAUUUCAAGAAUGGAAGAGGCACACAAUUCUGUAGCACAAGUGUUUGAGAAGAUGAUUGCCGAGCGAGAUAUGCUACUUGAAGAAAUUCGGAGGCUAAAAACUAAUUACGGAGGUUCAGAGAGUUAUGGCAGGUUUUGCAAGUGGAUGCUACUAUUAUUCUGUAUUUAUGCUUUGUGUUUAUAUGUAUUUUCAAGUAAUGAAAAUCAGUUUUUGUACUUACCUUAGUGAAGGUGUUCGUUUGUAUUUCUGUUGUUCCCUCUGGAAUGUGGUUUUAACAUGGGAGUUGGAAGUGGGUUGUAGGGAUUGUUUGUUAUAAAGGUUAACUAACUUAUUUGUAGUGUAAGGAAUAUGAUUUUAAGUAUCUUGUGUUUGUUACUA